AUGAUGUCUGAAAAUCGUGCUAUUAUUAUAGACAAUGGAUCAGAUAAAUUAAAAGCGGGUAUUGCAGGAGAUGAGGAUCCAAAAUGUUGUUUUCCUGCAGUAAUAGGAAGACCCAAAUAUGAUAGAAUUAAGACUGAUUUGGACAGCAAAGACGUCUAUAUUGGUAAUUAGACUUUAGCCUUGAGAGACGUGUUAGCGCUGAGACACCCAAUUAAAAAUGGUAUUGUCAAUAAUUGGGAUGAUAUGGAAAGAAUUUGGCAUCAUGCAAUUUUCGAUGAAUUAAAAAUCGAACCAGAGGAUCACCCAGUUCUUUUGACAGAGGUUCCGAUGAAUCCAAAGGCUAACAGAGAAAAAAUGACACAAAUCGUAUUCGAAACAUUUAACUUUCCAUCAUUCUACGUUGCUAGUCAAGCUGUGCUCUCACUCUAUGCUACAGGAAGAGUAACUGGUAUUGUUUUAGAUUCUGGAUUUGGUGCCUCUUACUCAAUCCCAAUCUAUGAAGGUUAUUAUUUUUCACAUGCUGCUCUCAGAAUUUACAUAGCAGGAAGUACCUGCACUGAAUAUUUGGGUUAUAUCUUGUCUGAAUUGGGUGUUCGAUUUACGUCUUCAGCCGAAAUGGAAAUUGUUAGAGACAUAAAAGAGAAGUUAUGUUAUGUUGCUUAUGAUUUUGAGGAGGAAAUGAAAAAAAACAUCGGCAAACCCUUUGAAUUACCAGACCGAAACGUUCUUUUCAUCUAAAAUCAAAGAAUUAGAUGUCCUGAAUUGCUCUUCAAACCAAGCUUGAUUGGUCAGGAAGUUUCGGGUAUCCAUGAAUUAACAUUCAAAUCAAUAAUGAAGUGCGAUAUUGACGUCAGAAAUGAGCUUUACAAAAAUGUUAUCAUUUCAGGAGGUACAGCUAUGUUCUCUGGAAUCAAAGAAAGGUUGAGCAAAGAAUUAAGAUCCUUUGCCCCAACAUCUAUGAAAAUUAAAGUCUCUGAUACACAAGAGAAGAAAUUCUCCGCUUGGUCAGGUGGAUCAAUCUUAUCAAAAACGUAGUUCUUGGAUUAAAUUUGGAUCACAAGAAGCGAGUAUGAUGAAAAUGGUCCAAUGAUUGUUCAUAGAAAGUGUUUUUGA